AUGGUCAAAGCCGUGACGCAGUACGAGAGGUUCGCGCGCGGACGGGACGUGGUGGAGCAGGUGCCGUGGGCUCUCGUCCGCCAGGGGAAAGGGGUGGAGCAGGUCCCGUGGGCACCGGUUCGCGAGGAGAAACGCGGUAGGGGAGGGGUGGUGGAGGGACCAUACCCGCCGUGGGUGGUGGGGGCGGACGAGGAGAAUUACCCGCUGACUCGGCGUGUGCAGAGAGACAUAUGGCUUCAUCAGCACCCCUCCGACUGCUACCACCCUUCUGUCAAGUUCCUCUAUGCCACGUUCGUCCCCCAGGCCAAGUACGGAAUUGGCGCACAGCUCACCAACGUGGCAGGGGCAUUGGCACUGGCGGUGGCGUCAGGGAGGGUGCUGGUGUUGGGGAAGUUCCCGAGGGCGAUGCACGGAGGGUGUGAGGGGCGCAAGCACGGCCGCUGGAAGUGCUUUUUCGCGCCGGAAACGGGGGAUGCGUGCAGAAGUUCAGUGUACUCUCGAGUGGCCAGCACAACGGUUUAUAUUGAAACAACAACAGCAGCAGCUGCCGAGGUUCAACAUAAACCGGAUAUUCCCGAGGAGCUGGUGUGGUUCCCCCCCGUGCCCGCCCUGUGGGGGGAGCCGUGGCUGCGCAUCCCUGCUGUCAUUGAAAUCAACGGGCACAUGCGGCAAACCACCAAGACCGGUGCUACCCCCACCCCUCAUCCCCUUCCUCACUGCAGCAACAAGGAUCGCUGGUGGAGGGCGCAGGCGUGGCGCUUCCUCAUGCGCUCGCCCUCGCGCUACCUCUGUGCCGUCCUCAACCGGGCCAGGCACGCGGCCUUCGGACCAAUGGCAGCUCGCCACGUGGCGCAAGCAGAAGCCGCGAUUCUUCGAGCCGAGAAGCUGGGCUUUGCCGCAAACACUCACCGUGUUAACCUCUCUGGGACUGGGACUCCACAGCUCAUCCCUGCUGCGUCUCAGUUGUCCGAGAGUAGAACCAUCAAGAAGAGUGAUUUUCAGCGUAAUGCGUCUCAGAGUGGUGCUUUUGAGGGCUUUCGUGCAUAUGAAGGUUUUCUCGUGGGUGCCAGGUCAGCACCGUGGGUGCCGCGGCCUCUGGUGAGCAUGCACGUGCGCAUGGGGGACAAGGCAAGGGAGAUGCGGGUGGCGGGUUUCGGCACGUACUUGCACCUGCUGUCGAGAGUGCGGCAGUUCGACCCCUCCGCUACAACCGUCUGGCUCAGCACGGAAAUGCAGCCGGUGGUUGAAAUGGCCAUUCGUACUCCCGGAUGGGACUGGAAGGUCACCAACGUACCUCGGAUGCAAGGAAAGGAGAGCAUGCCAGCCUUCGAGGCCCGAAUCGGUGCCCAACGCAGUGUUGAGAAUGCUUGGGUCAAUCUGCUUAUGGCAGCAGAGGCUGAUUAUUUUAUAGUCGCCGCGAUCGCCAGCAGCAAUGUCUGGUCCAAGCUGCCUCUUCGCCUGCCAAUGCCGGCCGGAGCAGCCGGGUCCGUGGCGCGGCUGCGGCCCUUCUGCGUGCCGGUGCUGCUGCAGGUGGCGCUCAGCUCGCUAAUCCCCCUCGCGUUCCCCGACGUCUGGCGCACGCUCCGCUUCUGGGACCGCCUCAUGCCCAUCUACCUGGGGUACAUGAAGACAAAGCUUGCGGUGCGCAAGAAGCCCAUUGAGAGGAGCAUUCGAGGACACCAGGAAUGUGCGCCGUCUUGUCCUGAUGUGGUCCUCACCACCACCCUCACCACCACCCUCACCACCACCCUCACCACCACCCUCACCACCACCCUCACCACCACCCUCACCACCACUCUCAACAUCAGCUUCACCGUUCUUCCCAUUGAUGCCCUCAUGUCCAACUGCCCGCCCAUGCAGGCCCAUACCCAGUGCUGCGUCUCAGUGGCCCUUCAAACAUCUCAUUACUCCUCUGCCCUCCCUCCGUCCUUCCUUUGCCCUCCCCCGCACUUUCUCUCUACCCUCUGUUCCCUCUCCCCCCCACUCUCCCCCCAAUGCAGGCUUGUGCACGACCUGGUGCUGCGUCUCAGUGGUCUCUACGUCAAGUCUGCGCAGAUUCUUGCCUCCAAAUCGGUACGCUCCCAUCCUUGCCUCCAAAUCGCCCCUUCAAUCAAACCCGCAACAGCCGACAAAGCAGCCAGUCAAAGCAAGUCAUCGCAGGUCAAGCGCCGCCCACUGCUGGUAGCAGACGUGUUUGAGAGCAUAGACGAGGAGUCCCUAGCCUCUGCCUCCAUCGCCCAGGCGCAUGCAGCCGUGCUGCUGCACCCCCUCCCUGAGAACCACCCCACUGACCCCACCAAGGUGCUGCCGAUCCUCCCGCACCUCACGAGCAAGGAGAGAGAGGCCCUCGGGAUUGCCGCUGAGGCGGUGGUGGUGAAGGUACAGCAUCUGGGUAUGGAUAUCAUCAUGCGCUCCGACCUCAGAAACAUUGGCCGCGUGGCUGAGUUCCUCUCACCCCAGCUGCCCUUCGACCUCCGCAAUAUAGUGAAGGAGAUACAGCAGACCAUUCCCAACGAGUUCAACUUUCAGAGGGAGGCCGCCUUCAUGACCACCGUCCGCCACAACCUCGCCUGCCGGGGCUUCCACCAAGUCGUCUGCCCGACUCCCGUGUUGAGUCUCUGCACGCGGCGAAUGAUCGUCAUGGAGAGGCUCUACGGUACACCAUUCACCAAGAUAAUCGACUCGCUACACCCCUAUAAGGAUUCCACCCUCCUCCCUCCGCCUCUUGCCGCCACACGCCAAGAAGCGAUCUCAGCCGUCCGAUCCCUCCUCGAAUCCUACGGUGCCAUGUUCUUCCUGGACGGCGUUUUCCAUGCCGACCCGCACCCGGGAAACCUUUUGCUGCUGCCCGGAGCCAAGCUCGGGCUGCUGGACUUCGGGCAGUCGAAAGUUUUGGAGCGGCAGACGAAACGUUCGUUUGCCCGGAUGGUGGUGGCCCUGUGUAAGGGAAACCAGCUGGAAAUUGCCCUUGCUCUGCUGGGCACAGGAAUAUCAUUCGGGGGGGAUGCUGAUUGGACUACCUUCUUCUCUAAACCAGGGGAGGAGUCGACAGGGGGGAGUGCAGCAGUGGGGGCAGAGGAGGUGCUGGCUGCUGUGGUCGCCUUCACAGAAAACGCCCCUCCUGAUGACGCCAAUGCUGCUGCCACCACUGCUGCUGCUCCUGCUGCUGCUGCUGCUGGUGUGAGUGAGAAGGGACGGGAGGAGAGCAGUAGCAACAAGGCAGGUGCGAGGAGGGGAGAAUCUGAUGGGGAUUCAGCGCUGGCAACGCUGCUGAAGGAGGUGGGGCCAGCAGGGCUGCUGGCAGCAGCAACGCCGCAGAGGCUGCAGACGGUGCAGACGCUGUCGUACCUCAUGUUUGACACGCGCCCCAUGGCUGAGGCCCAGAUGUCACCCCUCGCUCAGGAGUCUGUUUUGCAGAGGGCUCCUCUCAAGGCGUUCAACCAAUCGUACUGGCUGAUUGUGAGAGCCAUGCUGCUGCUACGAGGGCUGUGCCACUCGCUGGAUGCUGACAUCUCAGCCGUCCAAUUGUGGAGGCCCUAUGCCGAGGCUCUCCUUGCACAAGACCCGUAG